AUGACAUCUCCCCAGACAGACAGACAGACAGACACUUUUACUCACCAGCCAGCAGGACAGAAAGACACUCUCGCCAGCCAGCAGGACAGAAAGACACACUCGCCAGCCAGCAGGACAGAAGGACACACUCGCCAGCCAGCCAGACAGCAGGACAGAAGACACUCGCCAGCCAGCAGGACAGAAAGACACACUCUCGCCAGCCAGCAGGACAGAAAGACACUCAGCCAGCAGGACAGAAAGACACUGCCAGCAGCAGAGCAGAAAGACACUCUGCCAGCCAGCAGGACAGACAGCCAAGCAGGACACAGAAAGACACUCUGCCAGCCAGCAGGACAGAAAGACCACUCUGCCAGCCAGCAGGACAGAAAGACACUCGCCAGCCAGCAGGACAGAAAGACACACUGCCAGCCAGCAGCAGUGACAGAAAGACACUCUCGCCAGCCAGCAGGACAGAAAGACACUCUCUGCCAGCCAGCAGGACAGAAAGACACACUCCAGCCAGCAGACAGAAAGACACUCUGCCAGCCAGCAGGACAGAGACACACUCUGCCAGCCAGCAGGACAGAAAGACACUCUCAGCCAGCCAGCAGGACAGAAAGACACUGCCAGCCAGCAGGACAGAAAGACACACGCCAGCCAGCAGGACAGACACACACUCGCCAGCCAGCAGGACAGAAAGACACUCUCGCCAGCCAGCAGGACAGAAAGACACACUCGCCAGCCAGCAGGACAGAAGGACACACUCGCCAGCCAGCCAGACAGACACUCACUACACAAAAGAGAUCACGACGUUAUUAA